AUGUACAAUGCUGUUGCUAGAACAAAAUUAAGUAGGAAGUAUAUACCUCCUGGUAAUCCCGGUGGUGCAAAUUUUAAUGCAGAUGAGGAAUUUGCUGAGUCAUAUAAAUUAUAUGAAAAGCGUAGAGAAUUGCUAAAAAAAAAGAAGUUACAAGGUGAGGCUAAUAAAAAUCUCACUAGGGAGGGUUUAACUAAAACGCUAAAAGAAAAGAAUAUUGUUAACUCUUACGAUGAACAUCAAGGGACUUGUAUAGUAGAUGAUGAAGGAGAUGCCAUGAUAGAUCAACAUGGCAUCAAUCUUGCACGUUUAAAAGGUGCUGUGUUUGUAGAUCGCGAAGAAGUCCUUCGUGACAACAAUCAGCAAAAUAGGCCCAAAAAGAUUUCUCCCGUUAGUGUUGCUAUACAGGAUGCUUCAUUUGAAAAAAUGAUAUGUACUCAUGAUUCUAUUAAUGAUUUAAAGAUGAACACUUGUUCAAGUGAUUCAACUUUAUUUGACAGUGUUGUUGAUGCAGCAGAAUAGCCCGGCAUUAUAAAUUAUAUGUUAGAUAUAGAUGAUACUCUUUAUAGGCGCAGGCAUAAAACUCAUGUUGUACAAGUUGGAAGGGUAAAGAUAGGUGGUGAUAAUCCUAUAGUAGUACAAUCUAUGGCACUUGGUGUUCCUAUAGACCUAUGCAAUAUACAAAACAGUGCCAAACAGUAUGCAAAAGAAAUAGUAGAGCUAGCACGUGCAGGUUCGGAGUUAGUAAGAAUUGCCUUAAAUUCAGAGGAGGUAGUAAAAUCAAUACCUUAUAUAGUUGAGGAGAUAAAUAAAGAAGGGUUUGAUAGUAAGAUAUUGGUAGGAUGUGGGCAAUAUGAGCUGGAUAGGUUAGUUCAGAAUUAUCCGGAUAAUAUUAAAAUGUUGGGUAAAAUCAGAAUCAACCCAGGUAAUAUAGGGUUCGGUCACAAACGUGAUGAGAAAUUUGAAAGGGUAAUAAAGUAUGCAAUAGAGCAUAAUAUGCCUAUCAGAAUUGGAGUAAAUUGGGGCAGUCUUGAUAAACGUAUAUUACAGAAAUUGAUGGAUGAGAGCUCCAGCACUUCUGAUAUUAUACUACGAAAAGCGCUUGUUAUGUCUGUUCUGGGUAGUGCAAAAAAAGCUGAAGAGAUUGGUCUUAAUUCAGAUAAAAUAAUUAUUUCAUGUAAAGUUAGUAAGGUACAAGAUUUAAUUUCAAUAUAUACAGCACUUGCGCAAUCUUCCAAUUAUGCUUUACAUUUAGGCUUAACUGAAGCUGGUAUGGGCAAUAAAGGAGUAAUCAAUACUACAGCAGGUUUGACUUAUUUAUUACAAAAUGGCAUUGGGGAUACCAUAAGAGCUUCUUUAACUCAACGUCCUGGAGAAUCACGCACCGAUGAAGUGGCAGUAUGUCAGGAAAUAUUGCAAUCUAUAGGUUUACGUUACUUUAAUCCACAAGUUAAUUCAUGUCCUGGCUGUGGGCGUACUAGUAGUGAUCGUUUUCGUGUGUUGACUCAAGAAGUUAAUGAUUACAUAAAAACUCGUAUGCCAGUGUGGAAAGAAAAAAAUCCAGGAGUGGAGCGUAUGAAUGNACUUUACAUGGUGAUAAUAUUUUUGAAGAGUUUAUAA